AUGACAGAACUGUUUAUCCCAGUACCGACAGGAAAAGCUACUGCCGCAGGACAAAUGCCCCCGCCAAAACGACGCAAGCCAGACAAGGCACCAGCAACACCCAUGCGAUCAAACUCAGGGAAGUCAUUAUCCUCAAGGAACAAUGGCUCCAUCUCGGCUGCUCCUGUAUAUCACAAGCAGUGCAGGAAGGGCAGGACCACGAUUAUCAAGGACCAGGAGUAUCUCGACUUCUUGGAGUGGCUCAAGAACAUGGGUUGUCCAAGGACCAAAUUGACACUGGCAGAAUUUUCCAACACUGGUCGUGGUAUGAUGGCAACCAAGGACAUCAAAGCUGGAGAAGUUAUCGUCCAAGUUCCUGAACAGAACCUCGUGACCAUGAAGUCCCUUCAAUCGACGUAUGGCGCAAGAAUCGCUCGAUUCGGAAAGAAGGUCAACUCGCAUAUGAUCAUCGCGUUGCACAUUGCGCUGUUGGUCCAGGCACCAGAGAGGUCAGGAUGGCUGCCCUACCUGCGGUUGUUGCCGAAAAAGUUUGAUACCAUGCCCGUCCGAUACCCACCAGACCUUCUCGAGCUCCUACCUCAAAACGCACAAGUCCAUGUCAAGAAACAAAAGGCCAAGAUUGAGGCCGAUUACAACAUCACCCUCGACUUUUUGCAGUCCAAUGCCGACCUUCUCACUCGACCUCUUCAAUAUGAGGAAUACGAAUGGGCCUGGCUCGUCGUCAAUACCCGUUGCAUCUACCUCGAUGCGAAAAACCAGAGCGCGGCCGACAAUAUCGCAUUGGCGCCAAUGCUCGACUUCCUCAACCAUACACACGACGCCAAGACCGAAGGAGCGUUCUGCACAAAAACAAAGUCGUAUCAGAUCAAGACGUUGCUUCCAUACAAGAAAGGCGAGCAGGUCUUUAUCAACUAUGGCCCUCACGACAACUGCUUCAUCCUGGUGGAGUACGGUUUCGUGACACCGAACAAUCCGUACAACUACGUCACGGUUGACAACGACUUUAUGCAGCUUUCGAUCCCAGGAGAAUCGACAGCAGCCAAGAAGGACAAGCUCGAGCUGUUGGACAUGGCCGGCUACCACGGCGACUAUGUGCUUCACAGGAAUGAUGUAUCAUUCAGACUGUUAGCAGGAAUGCGCCUCCGUCUCGUGAACCCAUUCAACAAAUCCUCCGUCGCCACCCAGCUCGCAAUAGCCCAAUGGCACAAUGUGGUCAAUGGAGAACUGGAUCAGAUCAGUCCCGAGAACGAGCGUCUUGUACCGAUUCAUAUCGAGAGACUGUGUGAUGAGAUCUUGAUGCAGGCCAAGAAGAACCUGGGAAUCCUUGCGAGGAAGAAGACCACAUUUAUGGUGAUGCAUCUGCAGCAGGUUUGGAUUGAGGCAAGGGAUAUUGUCUUGUCGAUUAUCGAUAAGAUUCAUCGAAAGGAGGAGCUUUGA